AGCUCGUCUACUUCGGCCUGGACUGGAGUUAGCGUUACCACGCUAGAUUGCUCUGCGUUCUGCUUUGAACCUCGCGAUCGCGUCAUCAUCGUCGUUGCACGCAAACAGCGUCAACUAUUAAAGGUGCGACAAACGAAACUGGAGAAGUUAGUCGCUCGGAUAGCAUCUUAGGAAGAAAGCUAAAUGCCUUUUUGGCUAUGAGAGAUCGGAAGUCAUGGGGGGUCGACACCGGGUGACCGCCUUCUCGCUUCUCACACUCGUGUUGUUGUUGUGGCUGGUUUCUGGACGGAGCUGCGGCCAACCUUUACGAAAAUGUGCUGGCAACAAGCCAUGCCAGUCCCCGCGACCUCCAGUGGUCCUCGUUCCAGGGGACCUGGGCAACCAGUUGGAGGCGAAGCUGGAUAAACCCAGCGUGGUUCAUUAUAUUUGUUACAAGAAGACGGAUACCUUCUUCACUUUGUGGCUCAACCUGGAGCAGCUCGUACCUGUUGCUAUUGAUUGCUGGAUGGACAACAUAAGGCUGAUCUACAACAGGACCACACACACUACCUCAUCACCACCCGGGGUGAACAUCACCGUACCGGGAUUCGGCCAGACGUACUCACUGGAGUAUCUGGACCCCAGUAAACGCAGUGUGGGUAUGUAUUUCUUUAACAUCGCUCAGGCAUUGGUGGACUGGGGCUACACUCGAGGUGACGAUGUGAGAGGAGCUCCGUAUGAUUGGAGAAAAGCACCCAAUGAGAACAAGGACUACUUCCUGGCAUUACAGCAGAUGAUUGAGGAAAUGGCAACGAAUGCGGGCCGGCCCGUGGUUUUGAUCGCUCACAGUAUGGGCAACAUGUACAUGUUGUACUUCCUCAACCAGCAGCCGCAAGCCUGGAAAGACAAAUACAUUAAAGCGUUCAUCGCUCUGGGAGCGCCGUGGGCCGGCGUGGCCAAGACAUUACGUGUGAUCACCUCUGGCGACAAUAAUGGCAUCCCAGUCAUCAGGCCACUGAAGAUCCGCUCUCAGCAACGUACGGCCGUGUCCACCUCUUGGCUCCUUCCCUAUUCCCACACCUGGCCUAAGGAUAAGGUUUUGAUCCAGACGCCCACAACCAACUAUACCGUGAUGGACUACCAGCGACUUUAUUCUGACCUUGAUUUCAAGGAUGGCUGGCUGAUGCGUCAAGACACGGAGUCUCUGCUUUUCGACCUCACGCCGCCUGGCGUGGCCGUCCACUGCUUGUACGGCUCCGGCAUUCCCACGUCGGAAGCCUUCCAGUACACCUCCAAGUUCCCCGACGUGGAUCCCACGGUGGUGAUGGGCGACGGCGACGGGACGGUCAACCUGCUGAGCGCCACCCAGUGCAAACGCUGGGUGAGGCGGCAGAAACAAUCUGUGACUUUGCAAGAGCUUCCCGGGAAUGAGCAUGUCAACAUGCUGCUCAACGUCUCCACUGUGGCCUAUAUCAAGAAGGUGCUGUUCUAGACUACGACGGAAAGAUGCCCCCCCCCCCCCCCCCCGCCCCCUUCCCUGACCCUCCAACAUACAGAAAACUGCCUCGGUCAGUUGAUCUCUUCAACGUACCAUUAAUGCUGCUUUGGUUUUUGCCCUCCAAAAUGCUUGGCCGAAGAUGCGACGCUGCCAAAUGGAAAGACGCAGCAGCUGUUUUGACACCUCUAACAUAAAUAACUAUUACUAUGAAUAUCGAAUGAACUAUGUUUUCAAAUGACUACUGCACAAGUGUUUAUUGUGAGCUUUUUUUAAUUCAAGCAUAUUUAAAUUAAUUUUAUACAGUUGGUGUCAGAAUGUUUAUGGAUAAAAUUAUAUUCUUAGCUGUCCAAGAAUCCAAGACAUCAAAGUCAUUGUAAAGACGCAAAGUAGGGUAUGUGGAUCUACAGUAUAUACGUUAGUCACUCAAAUUUUCAUUUUGGAUUUAGUAAACCCAUAUUUUUCACCUUUCCCUCAUAUGUUUGAGCUCCUUCGCUAUCCCAAAUUAGAAUAUUUUGUAUGAAAAUCAACUAGCGUGGUCCAGUGCUUAGUGCUUCGACCUCACACUGCAGAGAUAAUGGGUUCAAUUCCAGCUCUGGCCUUCCUGUGUGUAGUUUGCAUUUUCUCCCCGGGCCUGCGUGGAUUUUCUCCGGGUACUCCGGUUUCCUCCCACAUUCCAAAACCAUGUAUGGGAGGCUGAUAGAACACUCUAAAUUGUCCCUAGGUAUGCGUGUGGGCGUGAUUGGUUGUUUGUCUCUGUGUGCCUUGCGAUUGGCUGGCAACCGGUUCAGGGUGUCCCCUGCCUACUGCCCGAAGAUGGCUGGGAUAGGCUCCAGCACCCCCCACUGCCCUUGUGAUGAUAAAUCGGAUCAGAAAAUGGAUGGAUGGAUUAAAAUCAACUAUCAAUGGUGAGAAGUCAAUUACCGGUAGGUAAUUUUUUUUAGUUGUUUAAAUUUAGAUAAGUCUGAAUUCUAAUUUAUGUUUAAGAUCCAACAAGAAAAAGGUACAACAACUUAAAUCAGGGAUUGAUGUUAUCAAUACUUUUCUGCAAUUAACCAAACAUGUUGAAAAGAUGACCUCAACCUUGUGAUGGGGUGAAUUGGCAUAUCACAACAUGUUUUCUUUUGCUGUUGUGUUUGUGAUGACUCUUCAGGUUCCAACUCCUUCUUAUAUUUAACCAGGAUGACGCUGGUUUAUGAUUAUUUUUUUUAUGUUGUCAUAUUUUAUAUAUAUAUACAUAUACACACAGACACACAUUGUCAUGUUACCAUUGUCAUUUUCUCCAGUGCCAAAUUUAUACUGCUCCCUGUACACUUUAAAAAGACUUAAUAUUUGCUUUGGUUUGUUAAAAUAACUGUUUACCCAUUUUUUUUAUCUGUAUGGGAAUUGUUGUGACAGAACACAGCAUGCUGGUCUUUUUUGUUGAAAGUUAUCAUCCCCGAUAUCUUUAUAUUAUUAUAAAUAUAUAUAAUUAAUAUAUAUAUAUAUAUUUUUUUUUUUUCAGGGACGCCAUGUAUCACAAUAAUAUUCCUUUUCUGCUUCUAGACAAUCAAGAAGUGUUCAGACUGUGCUUCUCUAUGUUUCUAGAGGUAUUGUGCAAUGUGCUAGUGGAAAAUGUAAUUAGUUGCUCUUUCUAAUAGAGUAAUUGUGUAACCUGAUCACAAUGAGACUCUGCUAUGAAGUGUCAGUUAAGUACUGCCAUGGAUAAAGUCUUUUAAUCGUUA